AUGGGCAAAUCCUGGACUAACCAUCUCCUAGUGCUGUUUCUGUGGAGUUCAGUAGGUGCCCAGCAAGUGGAAGAUGCGGUGCCCUUUCAGUUUACGCAUUCACUUUACAAUGUGAUUAUAUAUGAAAAUUCAGCACCAAAAACCUUUGUUGAAAGCCCCACUAAAAUGGGUAUUUCUAUGAUGAAUAAUUCUUGGGAUAUUUGGUAUGCAAUAGAAUCUGGGGAGCGUGAGAAUUUAUUCAAAGCUGAGAAGUACAUUUUGGGUAAUUUCUGUUUCCUGCGAAUAAGGACCAAAGGAGGGAAUUCUGCCACACUUAACAGGGAAGUAAAAGACCACUAUCUACUAACUGUAAAUGCUAUUGAAAGACACACAGGUGCUGAGGCGCAAACGCAAGUGAAAGUACAUGUGCUGGACAAAAAUGAUCUCAGACCUCUUUUCUCACCAAUUGCAUAUUCUUUUUUUGUAUCUGAAAACUCAGCCAUUAAAACAAGCAUUGGCAGAGUCUAUGCCACAGAUGCUGAUACAGGCACCAAUGGAGAGUAUUAUUUUAGUUUCAAAGAGUGGACUGACAUGUUCUCCAUUCAUCCAACCAGCGGGGUCAUAACUCUAACAGGCAAGCUGGAUUACUCAGAGAUGGCUCUUUAUGAGAUUGAUGUGUUGACUAUGGACAGAGGCCUGAAGCUCUAUGGAAGUAGCAGCAGCAGUAGCACGGCAAAGCUAAAGGUGCACGUACUGCAGGCCAAUGAAAAUGUACCUGUCAUCACAGCUGUCACUUUAACUCCAUGGAACACAACUAAGGAUCGCACAUUUGCUUUUGUGACUGUGGAAGACUACGAUGAAGGGCUAAACGGCGAGAUCGCCUCUUUGAGCAUCGUAGCUGGAGAUCCGCUCCAGCAGUUUAAGGCCAUCAGAACGGACCCUGGGAGCAAAGAAUACAAGAUCAAGGCCAUCAAGGAAGUGGAAUGGGAGGGAUACAGUUUUGGAUACAACCUUACCUUGCAGGCUAAGGAUAAGGGAAAUCCUCCCAAGUAUUCCUCAGCGAUAGUUGUCAGAGUGAGAUUGUCAAGUGAAUACACGGAGACACCUAAAUUUGAGAAGCACACCUACAAAGUCACACUUAGUGAGUUUGCUCCACCUCACUCCCCUGUUGUCAUGGUCAGAACUGUACCAAAACAUCCAAAGAUCAAUUAUGUGUUACAGUAUAAGAUGAAACAACACAAGAAUCCAUUCGUUAUUAACCCAAACACAGGGCUUAUUACCACUUAUGCACCUAUAAAAGCCAAAGAUGUCAGCCAGUAUGAAUUUGAGGUUGUUACGAGUGACAAAAGAGCUGCAACAAAAGUGAUCGUCAAUGUAAGUGACAUGAACAACAAUGCACCAAAGUUUCAACAGUCUAAUUAUAAAGCCAGUGUCAAUGAACAUGUGCCAAUAGGGACUAGCAUCAUAACUGUAAGUGCUACCGAUGAAGAUGACGGAGAAAAUGGCUAUGUGACUUACAGUAUUGUCAAUGCAAACAAACAACCAUUUGUGGUUGAUUACUUCACCGGUGUUGUAAGCACUGCUGAAGAUUUAGAUUAUGAGACAAUGCCCAGUAAAUUUUCUCUAAGGGUUCGAGCCUCAGACUGGGGGUCACCCUUCCGCCGUGAGGCAGAUGGUAUUGUUUCAAUCACGCUCACCAACCUAAAUGAUAAUAAGCCAGUGUUUGAGAAUAUCGACUGUGAUGUUACCGUGCCAAUAUCUCUUGGAGUUGGUGAGCAAAUAAUAGUGGUGUCUGCCAUUGACGCUGAUAUAGGUGUAGUGCAGUACAGAAUUGACAGUGGUAAUAACAUGAAUCUCUUUGACUUGGAUUCCAGCUCUGGGGUGCUGACACUUAAAAAGUCAUUGAAGCAAGGCGAUGCAGCAAAACAGUCUUUUUACAGCCUACAAGUAACUGCCAGUGAUGGAGAAAUGUCAAGUACUCCUAUGUUCUUAAAUCUAACAGUUGUCAGUGCUUUUAAACAUGUCCGCUCAAAAUGUGUAGAGACUGGGGUUUUGAGAUCCUUAGCAGGGUUGCUGCUUUUUGGCUCCAAACUAUACAGUCAAAAAGAACCAGACGAUGAAUUUGAAGACUUCCAUUCUGUUAACCGCAAUACUCCAAGGUUUAUUGAGUCCACUCCAACUGUAAUAGAAGUUAAAGAGAACCUUCCCAUUGGGACAAGCAUAGCUCUCCUCGGGGCUGCUGAUUCAGACUCUGGCUUCAAUGGGAAAUUACUUUUUGUGAUCUCAGGGGGAGAUUUUGAUAGUUGCUUUACAAUUGAAUCUGACACUGGGUGGCUUAAACUUUACGAACCACUUGAUAGAGAAAUAACAGACCACUACACUCUAAACAUUACAGUUUAUGACCUUGGAUUGCCACAGAAGUCCUCUUCUCACAUGUUAGACAUUAACAUUUUGGAUGUCAAUGACAACAGCCCAGAGUUCUUACAGCAGGAGUAUUCAGUAGACAUAACUGAAGACACUGCUGUGGGAACAGACAUCAUCCAGCUUGAAGCUAAAGAUAGAGAUUUGGGGGUCAAUGGAAUAGUUAAGUACUUACUUCUAACCAAAACAGACAAAUUUUCCCUAAAUGAAAAAACAGGGAUUGUAACUGUUAAGAGUCCACUAGACCGGGAAGCCAACCCAUCAUUUGUUUUGAAAGUUGCUGCUUAUGAUAAAGCAACUGAUGAGUCUAAAAUGGUAUCAACUGUGUUAUUGCACAUUAAUUUGGAGGAUGUGAAUGACAAUAUCCCUACAUUUAUACCCCAACAAUACCAUGUUCGACUGAGGGAGGACACUCCAGUGGGCACCUUAGUGCUCUGGCUAGAAGCUCAUGAUCCUGACCUUGGCCUGUCUGGACAGGUAAGAUACAGUCUAAUAGAUGGCGAAGAUGGAAGCUUUCAGGUGGACAAAGUGACUGGAGCUGUGUACCUCUCUCAAACUCUUGAUUUUGAGACAAGACAAGUAUACAAUUUGACAGCAAAGGUUAAAGACAGGGGCAAGCCAAAGUCUUUAUCCUCAUCCUGCAUUAUUCAAGUGGAGAUUGUGGAUGUUAAUGAGAACUUGUACCGCCCUUCCUUUCCAUUCUUUGUGGACUGGGGAGCUGUUAGUGAAGAUGCCCCUGUUGGCUCCUCUGUUAUGAAAGUUACUGCUCAUGAUGAAGAUAUCGGCAGGGAUGGAGAGAUCCGCUAUUCCAUACGAGACGGUUCAGGCCUUGGAGUGUUCACGAUUGAUGAAGAGAGCGGUAUUAUAAGAACACAAGAGAUCCUGGACCGUGAAACCACAAGUCAUUACUGGCUGACCAUCUAUGCCACAGACCAGGCAAUUGUGCCGUUUUCCUCAAUUGUGGAAGUCUAUAUCGAGGUUCAGGAUGUCAAUGAUAAUGUGCCACUGACAACAGAGCCUGUUUACUAUCCUUCUGUGUUUGAGAACUCUCCCAAAGAUGUCUCUGUCACCCAGAUCCAAGCAUUUGACCUUGACUCUAAAUCAAGCGUUAAUCUCUCUUAUAAAAUUACCAGCGGGAAUCCACAGGGAUUUUUUGCCAUAAACUCUCAGACAGGUUUGGUGACAACAACAUCACGAAAACUGGACAGAGAAAAGCAAGCAGAGCAUAUUCUUGAAAUUACUGUCUCGGAUGAUGGCAUUCCGCCCAAGUCUACCGUGGUUUGUGUGAUAGUCAAAGUGUUGGAUGUGAAUGAUAACAGUCCUCAGUUCCUGGAGAAGAUAUUUAAAAUCAAGCUGGUGGAACGACCAGAGGCAUUCCAAUGGGAGCCAAUUUAUCGAGUGAUUGCUUUUGACAGAGAUGAGAGCCCCUCCUCUGAUAUCUCAUAUAGUAUAGAAGAGGGUGAAGAGCACAGGAAAUUCUUCAUUGAGCCCAAAACAGGGUUUGUGUUCUCCAAAGAAGCUAUUUCAGCGGGCCAGUAUCAUAUUCUUACAAUUAAAGCGUCAGACAACGGGCAGCCUUCGAAGUCGUCAGUCUGUCGGUUGCACAUUGAGUGGAUUCCAAAGCCUAAUCUGCCUAAACAGCCGCUGCUGUUUGAGGAGAUUUCGCUCUCAUUCUCUGUGAUGGAGAGUGAUCCUGUGGCCCAUAUGGUGGGAGUCAUCAGCACACAGCCUCUUGACUCUCCUGUAUGGUUUACAAUCAGAGGUGGGAACCCUGACAGCCAGUUUGAUGUGGAGAGGGCGAGUGGCACAAUCAUCAUUGCCGGAGCUCUAGAUGCUGAAUGGCAGUCAAAUUACAAUCUCACCAUUGAAGCAACAGAUGGAACAAGAUCCAUCAGCACUCAGGUCACAAUUCAAGUUAUUGACACAAAUGAACAUCGACCUCAGUUUGGCCAAAACCAAUAUGAGAUAAGCAUUCCAGAGGAGACCAUUCCUGGGAUGAAGAUACUGGAAAUAAAUGCAACAGACCGAGAUGAAAAGUAUAAAUUGUCCUACACACUGUUGAGCAGCACAGACCUUUUUAAUCUGAAGAAGUUUCGUCUUGACCCUGGGACAGGCUUUUUGUACACCACAGAAGAACUAGACCAUGAAACUAUGCACAGACAUGUCCUCACUGUAAUGGUUAGGGACCAAGGUUUCCCUGUAAAGAGUAAUGUUGUGAGAGUGAUCAUCAAUGUGGAAGACAAUAAUGACAACGCACCGUGGUUCACCAGCACUGAGUACAUCGCUCGUGUGUUGGAGACAGCUGCUGUUGGUUCAUCUGUGUUACAGGUCACUGCUCUGGACAAAGACAAAGGCCUAAAUGCUGAAAUCCACUACAGCAUAGAUUCAGGAAAUCAUGGAAAUUCUUUCAGCAUUGAUCAGUCUUCUGGCAUCGUAACAGUUGCAAGAGAACUUGAUCGUGAAAACAGAAACAAAUAUGAGCUGGUAGUAAAAGCGUCAGAUAAAGGAGAGCCUCCACUCAGUGUGGUAACUGCUGUCCAGAUCACAGUUACCAUCUCAGAUAAUAGAAAGCCAAAAUUCCCCUUCAAUUCAAUAUCAGCUGAGGUCAGUGAAUCUGUCCCUAUUGGGAGUUUUGUAACUCUAGUCUCAGCUUUCAGCCAGUCAACCGUCUUCUAUCAAAUCAAAGAAGGAAAUGUGAACGGUGCAUUUGAUAUCAAUCCAAACUCUGGUGCUGUUGUCACAAGGAAAAAGCUGGACUUUGAAAGCCUUUCGUCUUAUGAACUGAUUGUACAAGGUACAGACAUGGCUGAAAUGUCAAGCAGUGUGACAGUAAACAUUCAAUUAAAGGAUGAAAAUGACAAUGCACCUGUUUUCACUCAACCGGAAUUCACUGGCUUUAUCAGCGAGUCAGCCGCUGUAGGGAGUGUGGUUCUGACCUCUCAGAAUGCUCCACUUUUGGUUCGUGCAACAGAUGCUGAUAGGCACACAAAUGCCAGACUUGUCUAUGAGAUUAUAGAGCCAUUCGCUCAUAACUAUUUUUCCAUGGAUUCUGGGACAGGAGCUAUUCAAAGCAUCAGCAGCCUAGAUUAUGAGCUGAGAAAGGUGUUUAACUUCAGAGUACAAGUCCAUGACAAUGGCACGCCACGCUUAUUCUCAAAAAACACUACCAAUGUGACAAUCCAUGUCAGUAAUGUCAAUGACUGUGCUCCAAAAUUCAGUCAGGUUUCAUAUGAGACAACAGUCUUCCUUCCAACCUACAAAGGGGUGAGAGUGAUAACAGUAAAGGCUACAGAUGAUGACUCGUUGCCAGACACAAAUCUACACUUUGCACUUGCAGAUGGAAACAUAGGAAACAAAUUCCUGAUUGAUCCAAUUUCAGGUGAUAUUUUUGUGCAAAAUGCUACACAGCUUCGCAGUAGGUACAGGCUGAUAGCCAAAGUUUAUGAUGGAAGUUUUACUGGCUCUGCAAUUGUCAAAGUCACUGUUAAAGAUAAAAAAGAGGACAAUCUGAGGUUCACCCAGGAAAUGUUCACUGCCUAUGUGCAGGAAAGCUCAUCAGAGAGGAAAACCCUGGCAAUCCUCUCUGUGGUUGGCAAUAUAAUCAAUGAACCUUUGUUUUUCUCUAUUCUCAACCCUAAUAGCAGAUUUGAAAUAGGACGCACAUCUGGAGUGCUUUUCUCCACAGGUAUCCCAUUUGAUCGUGAAGAGCAGGAUUUUUUUGAUAUCUUUGUGGAGGUUACAAAGGAGUCAAAGUUGAAUGGAACUGCCCAUGUGCUUGUGAGAGUGCAUGUUGAAGACGUAAAUGAUAAUGCUCCUUUGUUUGUAGACCAGCCCUACAGUGCUGUUCUGCAGAUCGAUAAAACAGAAGGUUCGGUUUUCAGGAAGGUGACUGCCAUGGACAAAGAUGUUGGUAAAAAUGCAGAGGUUACAUAUUAUUUAAAAGGGCAUGAUAAAUAUUUUCUGGUAAGCCCCUCUGGAGAAAUAUCCCUUAAAAGACCUCUUGAACCAGAAAGCAUUGGCAAGUUUGUCCUCAACAUUACUGCGCAAGAUGGCGGUGACCCACCUCUGUUCUCAAAUGCAGAUGUUUUUAUUUCAGUGGUGAACAGAGCCACGCCAGUGUUUGAAAGAACUUUGUAUAAGAUUGAAAUCCCAGAGAAUGUGCAAAUACAUACUUCCAUACUGCAGGUUGUGGCCAAGUCUGCAGGACCUCGUACAGUGUACAGCAUUUGUGGGGGAAACCCUUUCAGUCAGUUCUCUAUUGGCUUCAAUUCAGGACUCAUCAAAGUCAUCCAGCCAUUGGAUUAUGAGGCUCAUCCUGCAUAUCGAUUGAGCAUCCAGGCCACAGACUCUCUAACCGGGGCUAACUCUGAUAUAUUUGUAGAUAUCAUAUUGGAAGAUGUCAAUGACAACGCACCCAAAUUUGAAGCAAGAUCAUACAACAUCAGCAUCUCUGAAUCUGUUGUAAUUGGAACUUCUGUUUUACAAGUGGUAGCCAUGGAUUCUGACACAGGAAGCAAUGCGAUAGUGUUUUAUCAGUUGUAUGAAAAGGGUGGAACUGUCUCGGAUCACUUCAGAAUAGAUGGGGAAAGUGGAGUCAUUAGGACUGAAGGGCUGUUAGACCAUGAAUCCCAAUCACGGCAUGAACUGAUUGUAAAAGCAGUUGACGGAGGACCAUUUCAAAUGUCUGCUGAGGCCCAAGUGAUCAUAUAUGUCACUGAUCUUAACGACAAUCCACCUGUAUUUACACAACAGCUUUAUAAUGCUACCAUACAUAAGAUUUCUCUUCAAGGACAGUUUGUGACUUGUGUUAAAGCUUAUGAUGCUGACAACUCUGGUUCCAGUCAGCUUGUGUAUUCAAUUUUGUAUGGAAAUGACAACAACUUCUUUGCCAUUGAUGCAGCAAGUGGGGAAAUUGUUAUUGCAAACAUUAGCCGACAGUCUCUUGAGCCCUUCUAUAGCUUAAUUUUGUCAGUUACUGAUGGUGUUUUCAGAGGUACUGCGGAGGCAAACAUCUAUGUAAUGGGUGAGAAUAACCAUAACCCAUCAUUUACUCUAGAUGAGUAUCUUGUAAAACUUGCAGAGAACUCUCCAGUUGGUACAUUGGUUAUACAAGUAGGAGCCAUUGAUGAGGACCUGGGGAUGUAUGGUCAGUUGACAUUCUUUAUUGUAAAUGAUAUUGCUAGAGAUAAAUUUACCAUCAAUGCUGAUGGGCAGAUUCACACUGUUGAGAGCUUUGACAGAGAAAACCCAGGAGAGAAAACAAUGUACAUCAAUUUAAUGGCUAAAGAUGGUGGUGGUAAAUUGGGCUUUUGCACUAUUGUUGUAAUUCUCUCUGACGUGAAUGAUAAUUCACCCAAGUUCAGGCUUUCAGAAUAUAAAGCUACUGUUCUAGGAGAUGCUCCCAGAAGCACAACAGUGAUCAAAAUAUCUGCAAUAGAUGAAGACGAGGGCAGUAAUGCUGAUAUAAUUUAUACUAUUGACUCCGAUAUAGGGCACUUUGAAAUUCACCCCCUAAGUGGUGUGAUUGUCACAAAGGAAAGUCUAAUUGGUCUGGAAAAUGGCCUGUAUUCCUUCUUUGUGAAGGCUAAAGAUUCUGGAAGCCCACCAAAGCAAUCUAUUAUUCCUGUUUCAAUUAGAAUACUUCCUCCCGGAAUGUCAAUCCCAAAGUUUGCUGAACCAUUACUUGGACUGGAAAUUUCAGAAGACCUGCCUGUCGGAAGAGAGAUUGAUAUCUUCCAAGUCAAGGAUGAGCAGUCUGUAAUCUAUAGUCUUGUCGCGGGGAACACCCCAGAGAGUAAUAAAGAUGAUGUCUUUGCCAUUGACAGCAACACUGGAAAGCUUAGACUCACAAAACGACUUGAUUAUGAAGCUACCAAAAGUUAUCAGCUCACCGUACAGGUCCAACACACUGAAGAGGGCAUGGAAAUAGUCUCAACAAUGGAUGUGAGUAUUAGUCUCAAGGAUGUCAAUGACAACAGCCCUCAAUUUGAGUCAUUCCCUUACCAGUCUUGUAUUGUUGAGAACCUACUAAAAGGAACUUCUGUAGUACAGCUCAGGGCCACUGAUUUGGAUUCUUGGCUGAACGGUCAGGUCUCUUAUCGUCUGCUUGAAAACCAGGAGAACCCUGAAGUACUGGAGAUGUUUGCAGUGGAUAGUGAAACAGGCUGGAUAACCACUCUUAAAGAGAUAGACAGAGAAAAGAGAGACAGAUACAGAAUCACAGCAGUGGCCACAGACAGAGCCCAGAGGCUACAGAUGACAGGCACUACUGUCGUGGAAAUGACAGUUGUGGACACAAAUGACAACCCUACAUUAUUUACUGAAGCAGUAUUUAAAGGCACUGUGAGAGAAGAUGAAUCCACACCAGGCACAGUUGUCACCAUUCUAAGCUCCACUGACUUUGACAGUGAGGAGGUCAACAGGAGGUUCAGGUGCUUUAUUACAGGUGGAGAUCCACAGGGCCUGUUUGAUGUGAAGUAUACAGAUGGUGUUUGGGCAGUUGCUGUCAGGAAACCUCUGGACAGGGAGGAGAGAGAUUUCUAUCUUUUAAACAUCACAGCCACCGAUGGAACUUUUGUGACAAAGGCUGCUGUAGAGAUCACUGUCCUUGAUGCAAAUGACAACAGUCCUGUUUGUAAGAUGGACGUGUAUGCUCAAACUGUUCCUGAAGAUGUACCUGUUGGAAAACACAUUUUUCAAGUGUCAGCCACUGAUGCAGAUAUCCAGUCAAAUGCGGAAAUCACAUACCAGCUAAGUGGCAGUGGUGCUGAAUCAUUCAAAAUUGAUUCCAAAACAGGUUUUGUGAGGACCCUGGUAACCCUGGACAGAGAGAUGACAAAUAUGUACAACCUAACUGUUCGUGCAGUAGAUGGAGGCAACAACUUCUGUGAAGCUGCUGUGGUCAUUGUGAUCGAUGACAUUAAUGACAAUGCCCCCAAAUUCACAUCUGACCCACAUCAUGUGAGCAUUUUUGAGAAUACACAACCCGGGACAUACGUGGCACAACUAGAGGCCUUCGAUGCAGAUACCGGGAUGAAUGGUAAAAUACGUUACUCAUUUGAAAACUCUGCCGGAGGUCUGUUUUCUAUUGAGGAGAGCUCAGGGAUAAUCAGUUUAGAAAGGUCCCUGGACAGACAGACAAAAGCCACACAUGUACUGAAGGUGCGUGCCACAGAUCAAGGCUCUCCCCAUAGACUCUCAUCACUGUGCUCUGUGGUUGUGACUCUGCUGGACACAAAUGACCAUCCACCGGCAUUUGAGCACAGAGACUAUGUUUCCACAGUCCCUGAGGAUGUUGCGAUAGGUACUAAGCUUCUGACUGUUUUUGCUGCAAGCAGGGAUAGGGAAAUGACUUCCCAGACAACCUAUGCCAUCACCAAUGAGCAAGGAGCUUUCAGCAUUGACUCACAGACAGGUAACAUCUAUGUAACCAAGCCACUGGACUAUGAGGUUGCUCCACAGCACUACCUGACAGUGAAGGCCACCGCCAGAGGGAAACAGUCCCUCAGUGAUACAGCUAUUGUUACUGUCCACCUCCUCGACAUUAAUGACAACAGCCCUGAGUUCAGCCAGAAUGUCUAUUCUGCUGUAGUCAGUGAGGACAGCAGGCCAGGGAGCAUAGUGCUAACAGUACUAGCGAAUGAUUUUGAUGGACCUUUAAACAACCGAAUCCGCUACUCCAUUAUGGACGACAACCAGACCUGCCCAUUCAUCAUGGAUGCAGGCAGUGGUGAACUGAAAGUGGCCCAUCAGUUGGACAGGGAAAAGGUAGUGGGAUACACGCUGACCGUGCUGGCCUCUGACAAUGGAAAUCCCCCCAAAUCCAGCAGUGCUGCAAUCAACAUGGUUGUCUCUGAUGUGAAUGAUAAUCCACCUGUCCUCUCUCAGGCUAACUACAGUCUCAUCAUCCAGGAGAAUCUGCCUUCAGGGGUGAGUGUGCUACAGCUAAAUGUAACAGACAAUGAUUCUGUCCAAAAUGGGCCUCCUUUCUCCUUCAGUAUUCUAAAGGGUGAUGAGACGAUGAGCCCCUUCACUAUAGACCAGCAGGGUGUGAUCAGGACAGCAGGACCACUGAGAAAGGGCCAGCACAUUCUGAAAGUGCAGGUGUCUGACAAUGGAAGGCCCCCACUGAAAUCAACUACAUCUGUCUGUGUGCUUGUAGUACAGGCGAGUUUGUAUCCUCCAUCUGUGUAUUCCCUGGAUGUUUUCAUCACACUCUUGGAAGAUGAGUAUUUAGGAGGCAAGCUGGGAAGAGUCCAUGCCACAGAUCAAGAUGAAUAUGACACACUGGCAUUCAGUCUGGAUCCUCAGUCCAACAGCCUGUUCAAUGUGGUUGCCACGGAUGGUAGAUUGCUGGCCCGCAGAGGCCUGGAUGUGGGUCAUUACCAGCUCAAUGUCUCAGUCAGUGAUGGACGUUUCUCAGCCUCUGUCAACGUCACAGUACACGUGCAGCAGGUCUCCCAGCAGAUGUUGGACAAUUCUUUGUCUCUUCGCUUCAGUGGCAUCACCGCAGAGGAUUUUAUCCAGAAUCACUGGAGGAGCUAUCAAAGAGCAGCCCGCAGUGUGGCGGGAGUCCGCAGGGGUGACAUGCAGCUGAUCAGUCUGCAGACAGAAGAAGUCAGUGGCAGCCUGGAUGUUCUUUUGUUCUUCGAGAGAUCAGGAAAAGGUGCCAUCUCACUGGAAGCCCUCUUUCAGAAGAUCAACUCCUCCAGAGAAGCCAUCAGAGAGAUGACAGGACUACAGGUAGAGAGGGUUGUAAACAGCCAGUGCUUGAGCUUUGAGUGUCCUGGUACCAUGUGCAGGCGAGUGGUUCUACUUGACCAGACCAGCAUGUCCAUGCACAGCACUGCCUUAGUGAGCUAUGUCACACCCAGACACCUCAUCUCAGCCAAAUGUCUGUGCACAGAUGGAAAAUGCCCAAAGCAGAUAAAAAGCUGUGUGAAAAAUCCAUGUCCAGAUGGCUAUGAGUGUUUGCCAGGCAUCGGGGAAGACAAGCACAGAUGCAUAUGCACAGGUGGUACCAAAGGCAAAUGCUCAGGAGGAUCUUCUAUGACAUUUAGUGAAAGCAGCUACAUUAAAUAUGGCCUAAGAGAAAGCACUGGAGAAGUGAAGCUGACGCUCUGGUUCAAAACUCUCUCAAGAGAAGGAACAGUCAUGUUUGCCAGAGGAAAAGGCAAGAGCAUUCUAGAGAUAGUGGGAGGCAGACUGCAGUUCCAGUUUGACUGUGGCUGGGGUCUUGCUACAGUUUCUGUACACAGUGUCCUGGUGAAUGACGGACAGUGGCACACGGCAGAACUGGAGGUGAAGGGUAAUUAUGCCAGGCUGGUCCUGGAUCAGCUCCAUUCUGCAUCGGGCAUUGCACCCGGCCCUCUUCACUGCCUCAACCUGGGCGACCAGGUGGUCCUGGGUGGACACACUAACCGUUCUAGACCCAGACGCAAUCUGCCUGCAUCAAAGAGCCUACUGGGCUGCAUGGAUUCAGUGGUGUUUAAUGGACAGGGACUCUCCUUGGACUCAGAUGGUCUGUUGGGGGUUGCAAUUGAGGACAUGGUGGGAGUUUCUCCUGGCUGUGUCUUCUUCCCAUCAUCUCCAAACUGCUUCAGCAAUCCCUGCCUCAACGGAGGGAGCUGCUUAAUGACACAGAGUGGAGGUUAUUUCUGUAAAUGCAGCACUGGAUAUUCUGGAACUCACUGUGAGGUCAAUAUCAAUCCAUGUGACUCCAAUCCCUGCUUGUAUGGAGGAACCUGCAUUCAGAGUAACCUGGACUACUACUGUAAAUGUAGAGGCCAGUACUCAGGUCAAAGGUGUCAAAUAGGACCAUACUGCAAAGAGAACCCAUGCCAAAAUGGAGGGCAGUGUAUAGACAGUCUUGAUGGACCCAUCUGUGAGUGUGAGCCAGGAUUCAAAGGAGAAAGGUGCAUGAUUGAUAUAGACGAGUGUGUGGACAGGCCUUGCUUCAGUGAUGGCCAUUGUGUCAACACACAUGGAUCCUUUAACUGCUCCUGCUCAGCGGGCUUCACCGGGAGACUGUGUGAGAUGGACACAGAAGUGAGGAACCAAUUCGUGACGUCAUCUUGGAACUCUUGGCUCGGAGAGCUGGUUGGAAUGGUGUCCUUCCUGACAGCCAUUUUUGUACUGGCACUUCUCUUCUUUAUAGUGUGGAAUGGCGCCUGCAAGUCUGGCAAGAAAGAUAAAGAUCCUGACAAGUACAAUGCCGUUGAUUCUUAUAAUCAGAGGUCAAGUGUAUACAACCAGGCCCCAAAAUGUUCCUUUCCAGACAAUCCACCACAGGUACCCGUACGACCCAUCUCCUACACACCUAGCAUUCCUGGAGAGACUCGAAACAACCGAUGCUCAAUGCCUGAGUUCUCCUUUACACCAGAUCCACUCUUUGGUCUUUGGAAGACUGUAGCUGUGUGUAGUGUUACACCUAACCUACCCCACUACAAAGCUUCCCAUUCUCUUGUGGAAAAUGAUUCCAUACAGCAAACAGAUUGGGAGGAGUAUGAUGAAAAAGCUCUUGACUUGAAUUCCUGUUUAGCAAUGGAGGACGACAGUGUUCCCCAUGGUAAUAGAGGAUUUCGGUCGGUGUGCUCUCUCCAAUCAGACUUCAUGGAUGACAACAGCCAUCACUGGGACACCUCAGAUUGGAUGCACAAUGUUUACUCUCUUGGAACCCAAGGUUUUCUCCAGUGUGAAUUUGUGCAAAUGCACACCACGCCUGACAUUCUUCAGGACUAUCUUUCCGGAGGCGAUGACAUUGAGAACUUCCUGCCAAUUCCAGAUCUCCCUUUUCACAAUGAAAGGUCUGCAGUUCUAGGGUACGUUGAGCAGCAUAUCAGGCCAGAGGUUGACCAAGUCAUCCACCCAACAGCAAGGUAGCAAAUCCCAUGUCCUUCAGUCAACGCCCUAGCCGUGACUACCCACAUGAAACAACCACUGGAAUGCCUCAAGGCUCACUAUGAGGACCUAUUGAAAUUCAGGCAGGCACACCUGAUUCCUCAAAAAGUUCUGUGUGAGACCCCAGGCACCCUGCCCAGUAUGCCACACUCUUUAAAUCUUUAUCCCACAUAUGUGCCAGCUAGUGGUUAGAAAUUCAAUUCUAUGUGUGACUUAGUGACUGUUAAAGACUUGAUGAAGCCUUGGCUGGUACCAUCACCACAGACUGAGGUGUGACUGUGGGGGGUUUAUGUGCUCCUAUUUACAACCACAAUUAGUCCCUCAUGCAGAACCAUCUGUCUUAAUCAAGUCAACACUCGUAUGGUAAAAUAUUUCACUCUAACAUGCCAUUCCAGAUUGACUUUAAAUCUGCACAAAGUAAAUUUUUGGUUUAUACUGCACUAGCUGACAUGACAGGGGUCUUGGACUAUACUGACACCUAUUGGCGUAGACACGGUAUCACACAAAUGUAAAUGUUUUGGUUACAUUUUAGAAACAUGUUAUUUGCAGUCAGCCAUGAUGAAUUUAUUUCAUGAGCAAAGGUGUCAGGAGGGUAACCAAGAUAAAGUGAACAAUAUUUAGCUGGUCAAAUCAUCUUAAUAUGUCAGUUUUAAAAGAACAGUUCACCCAAAAAUUAAAAACUCGCUCAUCAUUUACUCACCCUCAUGCCAUCCCAGAUGUGUAUGAUUUUCUUCUGCUCAACACAAACUAAGAUUUUUAGAAGAAUAUCUCAACUCUGUAGGUCCUUUCAAUGCAAGGGAAUGGUGACCAGAAAUCAGAAAGCAGUCCAAAAAAGCAGAUAAAAGCAGCAUAAAGGUAAUACAUAAGAUUCCAGUGGUGAAAUCCAUAUCUUCAGAAGCGAUAUGAUAGGUGUGGAUGAGAACUAAAAAUCUUUAUUAUAAAUCUCCACUUUCACUUUCACAUCUGAAUGUGAAAGUGAAGGUUUUUAGGAAAAAAGGACUUAAAUAUUGAUAUUUUUCUCACGCACACCUACCAUAUAGUUUCUGAACAUAUUUUCUGGUGAACUAUCCCUUUAAGUUGGGAUUUACUUACAUCAAACAUCAUUGGUUAUUGCGUGUCUCAUAACCAGAACGUCAUGAGGAAAAAUCACUGAGUGCACCUUUGAAAAUUUGUGUUAAAUAUUGUUUUUUCCCUUUGUUCAGGCUAACAAGAGUAAGUACAAUUUUGUCAUUGAUACAAUCGUAUGAUAAUUGUACAGGUUCUGGUAUGAAUUAAAGACAGGAAAAUUCUUAAGUGAUCAUUGUUUGUAAAUGACUGGUGUCCAUACAUUUGCUUCUUCUCAUAUACUUUUUUAAGUGCUGUUAAUGUUA